ACACACACACACACACAAACACACACAAACAUACACCAGGGAAAAUGUGUUUCAAGCCAAACGAUACAUCAUGCAGUCGUUCUAGCCUGCACUCAAAACGAGGCUUUCAAACGGUUUUAAUGUUUUGGAUCUUUUGCUCCUUUUUCAAAUGAACCAGACUAAUGAGGUCAACCAGUUUAAUUUAGUGCUCUGAUGUUCCUCAGCAGCUGUCGUGUCUCACAGUGAGCACUGGCUGGACUCUCCAAAACUUUCCAAGACAAGGCGUCACCUGAAAAUCACAAUGACUCUCCAGUGGACAGCAGUGGCGUUUUUCCUUUAUGCAGAAGUAGCAGUUAGUCUGAUCCUGUGUAUACCCAUUAUAUCAGCACAAAGAUGGCAUUUGGUUUUUAACUGGAGGAUAUGGAGCCGGUUAUCUCCAUACUGGAACAAAUUUUUCUUUGCAAUGAUCAUGGCUCUUGUUGUUCUUUUCAUUGACGCUGUCCGAGAGGUGCGGAAGUACUCUGGUCCUGAGCCCAUGCAGGAUGCUAAAGCAAACCCAAACCUGUAUGAACAUGUCCAGAUGAAGCUGUUCAGGGCGCAGAGGAACCUUUACAUAUGUGGUUUCUCUCUCUUACUCUGGCUAAUCACACGGCGAGUUGUUACUUUGCUAAAUCAGGUUGCUGCCACCUUGGAGGACAGUGCAGGUCUUCAGGAGCAGGCAAACAAGGCCUUAGAAGCUGCUGAAAAGCAGCAAGAGGAAAAUCAGAAGCUUAGAGAAGAACUCCUGGAAGAGAAAAAAUCAACAUCGGCAACAAAGCAACAAGUGAAGUUGGAGAUCGAAAGAAUAAAAAGUCAGCUGAGGGCUGCAGAAGAAGCUGUGCGAAAGUCUCAUGCUGAAGUUGAAGCAAUGAGCAGGCAGGCUAAAGGUCUGGCACAGGAGUAUGACAGACUAUUAAGGGAACAUCACCAGCUCCAGAAUCUUCAUGGCGCUGAAGACAAAAAGGAUCAGUAAUCACUGGGAUGCAGUGACAAAUGAAUGAAACACAUUUUUAUUAAAAAAAAUAAUAAUUAAACCAUGUAUGUUCAUGAA